UCCAAAUUCUCCUGGUCUAGCCGGCUUAGGCGUCUUCAGCCCCCUUGAGCGAGCGAACCGGCUAGACGGGCAUCGUUGAAAUGCCCUCUUGAAUGCUGGUCGUUCCCCGGCUCGUUUCUAUCUCUACUUUUCUCUCCAUCAUCCCUCGUACUCCCCAACAAGAGGCCACGACUGGGCAACUCCUCUUCCUUUUUCUUCCCACCUUCGUUUCCAUUUAUUUUACCCAGUCUCUCGUUACUGUCUCCUUGACAAUCGCUAUUUUUGUUCUGCCGCCAUGAAGUUUGGCUCUACUCUGGCGGGCGCCGCCCUCUUUGCGUCCACGGCACUGGCUGCUGAUGUGCCCGCAAUCGUGGCAAAGGGCUCCAAGUUCUUCUAUUCUAACAAUGGCACUGAAUUCUACAUCCGUGGUGUCGCAUACCAACAGGACUACACCGGCAACGGCACCACUACCAGCACCAACUAUAUCGACCCUCUGGCUGAUGCGACGACUUGCAAUCGCGACAUUCCCUACCUUGUGCAGCUGCGCACCAACGUUAUCCGUACUUAUGCCAUCGACCCGACCGCCGAUCAUUCCGAAUGUAUGCAGGCCCUCGCGGACGCGGGUAUCUAUGUCAUCUCCGACCUGUCGUCCCCGAGCGAGUCGAUCAACCGCGACGAUCCCUCCUGGAACGAUGAUCUCUAUGUUCGCUACACCAGUGUCAUCGAUUCGCUGGCCAACUACACCAACGUGAUCGGUUUCUUCGCUGGCAAUGAAGUCGCCAACCAGGCGAACAACACCAACUCGCUGGCCUAUGUCAAGGCCGCCGUGCGCGACAUGAAGGCCUACAUCAAGCAGAAGAACUACCGUAGCUCUCUCGCCAUUGGAUAUGCUACCGAUGACGAUGCCUCUAUCCGUGACGACCUGGCCAGCUACCUGAACUGCGGCGACCAGGACGACGCUAUCGACAUGUUCGGUUACAACAUCUACGAGUGGUGCGGUGACUCUUCCUUCGUCACUUCCGGCUACUCUGCCCGCACCGAGGAGUUCAAGAACUACUCGAUCCCUGCCUUCUUCUCUGAGUACGGUUGCAACACUCCCAGCCCUCGCAAGUUCACCGACGUCCCCGUUCUUUUCGGUCCCAAGAUGGAUGACGUCUGGAGCGGUGGUAUUGUUUACAUGUACUACGAGGAAGCCAACGAUUUCGGUCUGGUCUCGAUCUCCGGUAACGAGGUCAAGACUCUUCAGGAUUUCGACAACCUCUCCAAGCAGAUGGCCACUGUGAACCCGACUGGUGUCAACAGUGCCUCGUACACGCCCACCAACUCUCCUCGUGCCUGCCCUACCGUCGGCUCCAACUGGGAGGCUUCCAGCAAGCUGCCGCCUACCCCCAACAAGGAGCUCUGUGAGUGCAUGGUCUCCUCGCUGACUUGCGUGGUGAAGGACUCGGUCGACACCACCGAAUACGCUAAGCUCUUUGGCACCGUGUGCGGCUACGGUGUCUGCGAUGGUAUCGCCUCCAACUCCACCACCGGUGACUAUGGUGCCUACAGCAUGUGUAAUUCCGAGCAGCAGCUGUCUUUUGUCAUGAACCGUUACUACGUGGAGCAGUCCGCCAAGGGUAACGGUGCUUCUGCUUGCGACUUCGGCGGCGCUGCCUCCACCAAGGCAUCCACCAAGGCUACUGGAACUUGCGCUACCCUGAUGAAACAGGCUGGCACUGAUGGUACCGGCACCGUCACCUCCGCUCCCACCGGCACUGGCGACUCUGGCGCGUCUGCUAGCUCUUCCAGCUCCAAGGGCGCUGGUGCUCGCGCCAUCAGCACUCCUGGUAGCGUUGCUGUCCUUGGCGGUACCAGCUUCAAGCUCGGUGCGUACGUCAUCACCGCUGUCCUCACCGGUGCUGGUAUGAUUCUGCUGUAGAUUAUAUUUGACUGGAAUAAUUAUUCCCUUGGGGCUUUUGUGUGUGUGUGUGUGGCUAUUUCGUAGCUGGGUGUGAGGCUACCCCCUUGGGGUCUUUUAGAUGCUCAAUUUAUUUUACUCUAUUCAUUCGAAUGUCUUAUCAAU